GUGGUCUAGUCGGUGCAGUGCAGAGGUGGUGCAAAACUCCCAUGUGAGUGUGAUUCCUGCAGCUCCUGCUUCUCUAGUGACAGUCCAACUUAACUUAUAUUCGAAUUAUAUGUUUGGAAAUUGGAUUGGGCGUGUAUGUCAGUAACAGUAUGUCAUUGGCAGAGUUAGAGAGUUUAGCAUACAAACUCUGCAAUUUGAGCCAGCUCAGGCAGCUUCAUGCCCGCCUCCUCAUUAACCUUUCCCUCCACCAUCACACCCAGUGCCAGUGGGUUUCACUCCUCAUCUCCCAAUGCACGCGCCUCCGUGCCCCGCCCUCCUAUACCCGCCUCAUCUUCCACUCCACGCCUCGCCCCAACGUCCACGUCUUCACCUCCAUGUUCAAGUACUACUCCAAUUCCAAUUUCAACUUAGGAGGCUUUGAUCAAGUUGCUUCUCUCUAUCGACAAAUGCAGCAGCGCUCUGACUUAACCAUCGGCACCUUCGUCUACCCGGUGUUGAUCAAGUCAGCCAGCAGUGCCGGCAUUCAGUUCCAUGCCCAUGUUCGCAAGUUAGGUCUUGCUUCUGAUCACUACGUGCGCAAUGCCAUCCUAGCCUUCUAUGCUAAAUACGGCCCAGUUGAGCACGCCCGAUAUCUGUUUGGUGAAAUGCAUGACUCAACUCUUGCGGACUGGAAUAAUAUGAUUUUUGGCUACUGGAAGUGGGGGAAUAAAGAUGAUGCCUGCAAACUCUUCGAUAUGAUGCCCGAAAGGAACGUUGUUACUUGGACUUCCAUGGUUACUGGAUAUGCUAGGAUCAAGGAUUUGGAGAACGCAAGGAGGUAUUUUGAUCAAAUUCCGCAGAAGAAUGUUGUAUCCUGGAAUGCAAUGCUCUCGGCUUAUGCUCAGAAUGGAUGUCCUGAAGAGGCUUUAAGAUUGUUUGAUGACAUGAUGAACUCCGGAGAUCAACCAAAUGAAACUACUUGGGCAAUUGUCAUUUCAUCAUCUUCGUCAUGCGGUGAUUGUUCCCUUGCUGAUUCGUUUGUUCAAAAGCUCAACCAAAAGCAGAUCCAUUUAAGCUAUUUUUCCAAGACGGCGUUGCUUGAUAUGUAUGCAAAGUGUGGGAGCCUCCAGACUGCUAGACAAAUUUUUGAUGAAUUGGGGGCGUAUAGGAACACCAUUACCUGGAAUGCCAUGAUAUCAGCAUAUACAAGGGUCGGGGAUUUGGAUUCUGCUAGAGAGCUCUUUGAUAAGAUGCCACAAAAGGACGUUGUCUCGUGGAACUCGAUGAUUUCUGGUUAUGCUCAAAAUGGGCAGUCCGCUCUUGCAAUUGAUCUCUUUAAAGAUAUGAUUAAUGCUGCUGAUGGUCUCAAACCAGAUGAGGUAACUAUGGUGAGUGUCAUCUCAGCAUGUGGACAUCUUGGGGCCUUAGACAUCGGUAAUUGGGUCAUCAAUAUUGUCAGGAAACACCAUAUCAAGCUAAGUGUAUCAGGAUAUAAUUCCUUGAUAUUCUUGUACUCUAAAUGUGGAAGCAUGGAAGAUGCCAAGAUGACAUUCCGAGAAAUGAAAACAAGAGACGUGGUUUCCUACAACACAUUGAUUGCAGGGUUUGCAGCUCAUGGUCAUGGGAUGGAAGCCGUCAAACUACUGUUGAAGAUGAAGGGAGAGUUUAUUGAACCAGACCGUGUAACAUAUAUUGGUAUUCUUACAGCAUGUAGCCAUGCAGGGUUGUUAGAAGAAGGAUGGAAGGUUUUUGAGUCAAUCAAAGCUCCUGAUGUACAUCAUUAUGCAUGUGUGGUUGAUUUGUUAGGUCGAGUGGGUAAACUAGAUGAAGCGAAAGAAAUAAUCGAUGGCAUGCUGAAGGAACCGCAUGCUGGAGUUUAUGGGUCUCUUUUAAAUGCUAGCCGAAUCCACAAAAGAAUUGAUCUUGGAGAGUUUGCUGCAAGCAAGCUGUUUGAGCUUGAACCACAUAAUUCAGGGAAUUACAUUUUACUUUCAAACAUAUACGCCUCAGCAGGUAGGUGGGAUGAUGUUGUGAGAGUUAGAGAAUCAAUGAGAAAAAUAGGCGUGAAGAAAGCAACGGGGUGGAGUUGGGUUGAAUACAAAGGCAAGAUGCACAAGUUCAUUGUGGGAGACAGAUCACAUGAGCGGUCGGAAGACAUUUAUAGGCUAUUGGCAGAAUUAGGGAGGAAAAUGAGAAAUGCUGGGUACAUGGCUGAUAAGACCUGUGUGCUAAGAGAUGUUGAGGAGGAAGAGAAAGAAGAGAUGGUGGGUACCCAUAGUGAAAAAUUGGCAGUUUGUUUCGCUCUUCUUGUUACUGAUGCAGAGGCAGUGAUCAGGGUAGUGAAGAAUCUGAGGGUGUGCUGGGAUUGCCACACAGCUAUCAAGAUGAUAUCUAAGUUGGAGGGAAGGAAAAUUAUUUUGAGGGAUAAUAACAGGUUCCACUGUUUCAGUGAUGGGGUGUGUUCUUGCGGAGAUUAUUGGUAACGGGUUUCGAUAAAUUAGCCAUUUUCAUGAGGACAUACCAAAUGGCUAUUGCUCAUAGCAAAUGUGCCAACAUGGAAAAGCAAUAUCCUCGGCUUUUAGGCCAGCCUGUCGCAUUGUACAGGUAGAUUACUGCAUUCUCACUCUCAGCAAUGUAGUUUGUGAAUUUUUCUGAUUUAGGAGAGAACCUUUUGUAGCAAGUAAGUUGUCCAACUACUGGUGAACACCAUUGAUUCGAUUGCCUCUGCAAUCCCUAGGGAAUUGAGAUUGAUGUGUACUGUUUUAAAUGGAUGAAUGUUAAAACAAGGAUUAUAUAUUGAAUGAGACUUUAUGCUUUA